AUGGAAACUCCAUCAAAUGAUGUUCCAUCAUAUAAUGGCACAAUGCCAAUUUCAGAACAUGAAAGAGAAGAAUUAAAAAAAGAGUUACAAAAGACUGAGGAAGAAAUUCAAACUUUACGUCAAGUAUUAAAUGCUCGUGUUAAACAUGCACAAGAAUUGAAAAAAAAGUUAGGUGUAUCACCACUUGCUGAAGUUACCAGUGAAAUAAAUGAUUCUCUUCGUCAAGUAAAAGAUAGUCAAGCUUAUCAAAAAACUGCUGAAGUUGCUGCUGCUACAGCUGAAACAGUUGCUACAAAAUGGAAUGAAAUGAAGAAUUCUUCUCUUUUUAAAUCUUUUGAAUCAAAAUUGGGAAGUGCUUACAAUAAUGCUAAAAUUGUUGCUUCAACAUCAAUUGAUCAUUUAUCUGGUAUUCGUUCAUCUCAUAAUUCAGCUGCUCCAACACCACAGACAGAAGGACCACCGUCGCGUUUGUCAUAA